AUGUUGCGUGGAAAGCCGAAAAAAUCGGAGGAUGCCGAGGAGAUCGGCAGCACCGGCGGUGGGCCCGUCAAGCAGCGACGGCCAAAGUGCGCGAGGUGCAGGAAUCACGGGCUCAUAUCGUGGCUGAGGGGCCACAAGCGCGAGUGCCGUUACCGCGAGUGCUUUUGUCCAAAGUGCUCGCUCAUCGCCGAACGACAGAGGGUCAUGGCUGCCCAGGUAGCAUUGAAGCGACAGCAGGCGGCCGAGGAUGCGAUCGCCCUGAGCAUGGCGAAAGUGACGACGGGCCAGAAGCUGAGCCGCCUGCCCCCGGGCAAGAUAUUCGGGAUGACGGUCACCGAGCCGGACACCACGAGCCCCAGGGCCAAGUUUGAGCCGACCCAAGGUGGCGGAGGUGCUGCGGGGGGUAGUGCAAGUACUGUACUCCGUGGCGAUGAUCGCAACCCCCAAGGAGCACCGGAUGCCGCUCGGAAGGACGAGCUACGCAGUGACGAGGAGGAGGAGGAGGAGGACAAGGGCGCGAUCGAAUGCCCCAAGCAAUGCAAGAGCGAAGACUCACAGAGCAGCCCGGCGGUGUCCCAAGCAUCCGUGGACACGCUGGCCCGGCUGUUCCCGGCGACGAAGCUGUCGGUCCUCCAGCUCGUGCUCCAGCGCUGCAACCAAGACCUGCUCAAGGCCAUCGAGUACUUUGCCAGCACCGGUGGUGGCGGCUCCGAGCGUGUGUCUGCCUUUCGACCCCCCCGACGAGUGGCUGAUGCCGCGGGUGACAAGACCAGUGGGACCGAUUCGGUUGCUCGGCCGUUUUACACGGCUGGCUUGCAUGACCCUCCCCUCGGCUGCUGUUUCGUGAACGUGAUGUCGGACGCCACGCUGCCCCGAAGCCUCGAGGUUUGCGCAGCGGCUGGUUUUACCCUUCAAAACGGGAAACAACAACAGCAGCAGCAGCAGCAGCAACAGAGUCCCUACGAGCGAGGCUUUUUCGACGGUGCCCAACUGCAACAGCCACCCUCGGCCCAGUUGCAGCAGCCCCAGAGGCCGAUUUUUCACCUGCCCCCUUUCGUCCCGCGCGUACCCUGCGUCCAGCCAAACUGCUUGCUCUGCUACAAGUUCACCUGA